GUUGUGCGUCUUGGUGCUAGGCUCGGCCCGUUCUUCAACUUGCAUUGCUUCCCAGAUUCCGAAAGGUCAUAUUCCAAUAGCUUUCUUCCGCUCACCUACAGCCUACCAUCGCUACACGGCAGCCACCAUGGCCGAGCCCCUGAGCAAGGCCCAUCUGCCAGGCCCGAUCCUCCCGCCGGCGACUCCUUCCUCCGCCUACACGCCAUCGCCCUCGACCCCGACCGGAAGACCGCGGCUUAGCUCGCGACGGACGUCGCGGUUCACGGAAGAGGUCAUGACGGAACGCACGCCAGCGGCCUCUGUCUCGGAGCGGUCCAUGGACUACUAUAUCUAUGGACCGUCGGCGGAGGACCUGAAUGCCAACGUGGGCAAUUUCCAUCGGUGUUCGGUCCCGAACACCAGCACCACCCACAUAGAGACAGAGCCGGCGAGGACGAAUUGGGAGACCUGGCUGCGGUUCCUCAACUCCAGUGGACAUGCCAUCCCGUGCUUAGUGUUGCUGGCCUUUGUAAGCUGUGCUAUGCGCGUUUUGCGGGAGCAUAUGGGGAGUUACAUGAGCAUCAAUGCCGUCUUUGCAAUCUGUUUCUUGUCCUUCGAUAUUGCCCUCGACGUCGUCACGCUCUCUCGAGUUUCCAGGCCGUGGCCCACUUGGGGACUGGUCUUGAGACUUGGCUGCGGAAUUGUGUACAUUGUCAUCUUUUUGGUCUACGUUGGCUUGGGCGGCGUAUUUCCAGGACGGUAUACAUAUUGGGGCCUCUCUGCCGACAACGCUGGGAUUAUGGUUUAUGUCCUUCUAUGUGUGGAGGGCAUAUGGAACCUCCUCCAUGUUCCCGUGUGUCGAUACCGGCUCGGUGCCCCUCUCCUGAGACACGCCUCUCCCGAGAAAGUGUGCCAGCCGCCGCCGACGGACAACAGAGUCAGCUUCAACCAGAGGUUCUCGAUGGCGGGAACCGAGCAGACCGAGCACUCGUCAAUAAGCCUGACUUGGAGACGCUGGGUCCGCACACGGAGCACGCACUACAGCCGCGAAGAUCUCGGCUGCGGGAUGCAAAGGAUGGGGACGCGGGAGCCGUCCGUCGACCUGACGCUGCGGGAACAGCCCGGAGAGGAGGAAGACGAGCCGGGCAGCUCGCGAACCACGAGCAGCCACGAGGGUACGGCUCAAAGACGCAGUGGCUUGAAGGGGAACGAAGGACGGCGGGAGGACAAAUCGGAGGGGAAGGUUUAUCCGGACAGGUCUGUGGAUAUUGGGCAGUGAUUGCAUAGCGUGGCGUAUGGAGUGGACGCGGUACGGAGCAUUUGGAUACCCCAGAUAUGGCUUUACGUACGAUAGAUAGUCCGUAAUGUCUUUGUUUUUAGUCGUCGAGCGGUUUAUCCCAUGAGG